UUUGAUGGCACCUAUUUCAUCUGAUCGUGACCUCGAUCGGUGGAAUAGGCUGUAAACUUACCGAUUCGUUCAACGACAGUGAAUGACACGAGGACACGAGUCCCUCUCGGAGUAGUACGCAAGACGCAAAUAACUUCCCCCACUCAAUGGGAUGCCCCGCCCAAUACGAGUGAUCUAACGCUGUUCAAACAUUCCAACGCACAAAAGCGACGCGCAAGUAGCUGGAUGUUUUUCACAUCUUGCUUGUGUAAAAUAUUAUUAUAUUACCAAGUGGAGAAUAAAUAUCGACGACGCGACAGGCGAAAGAAAAGGAACAUCCUUAGAGAGUGUUAACAUUGUGACAUGUCCAUUCUAGACGAGCGCGAAGAUUAUCUGAAGAAUCCGUACUUCAAAGGACACGAGUACGGUGACUUCACGCCGUUCUACAUCACGAUAGCCCUCUGCGCUACUUUGGGUGGAGCCCUGUUCAUUCUGAACAUCGUGUUUUGCUGGUGCUCACGGCACCGAGAAUAUUGGCAAAAUCGCCACACUGGAAAUAGGUGGAUCCAGCCUCUAUGGACUGUAUUGCCACACAAAACACCGCCGCUUGAUCUAAGCGAACUAGAACAUGGUCGUAUCAAAUAUCCGCAAGUGAGGCACGAAAUCAUCCAGUAUCACGAUUCAGAGUCUCAAGGAGCCAUACCAGAGUCGCAAGUGUACCUAGAGAUGCAAAAACGCGAGAGUGAGAUCUAAAAUAGCUAACAGCACAAACUAGUGAUCAGUGUGGUAUUGGAAAGCAGUAGUGAGGGAAAUACUCAUGCUUCAGAAUACGUAUAA